GACUAUCCCUAUCCAAGUUAUUUUGCGCUCCCCCUACGCUACACUGGUGCUCGAGCUAUCCUGAGACAGUGACCCCUCUCCGGUGCUUCUACUUUCAUGGCACGCCAUGUGCAUUCUGGAAGGAUAGUGCCGGUGAUAUACGUCGUGGAACAGGCCUAGAUUCAUAUAUCCAUCUUCUUCUCUGUCCGACUUGCUGUAAUUUUGUGCUCUCUUUCCCAUAUCCCCCAGCUUUGACACUUAAUCCAUGCUCUAGUGUCUGAUUUCUUUUGUUCGGUCGUCUCUUUCUCUUUCUCACCCGAGUGCUUGCACUCCGUCUUUUCGUUACUACAGUACAGUUUACUUUGCCGUUCGUUUCAUUAUACCCCUUUGGUUCUCUUGGAACUUCCCGUUUGGAUCAAGUUCGCAUCCCGAUCACGAGUUGACACGAAGGACAAGUCAUAAUGCAGUACUCGACCAGAAACCUUGCGGCCUGUCUCCUGGCCAUCUGUAUUCACGACACGCUCGCGAAGCAACAAGCUAUUCCAGUUCAGAGCUCCAGUGUGAACAGCGAAACGACUGUUCCCAUUGCGACAUCUGCUCUCAGUGCCAGUGUUGCUCCCGGCACCACAAUCCCGGCAGAGGUUGUGGCCAGCACCCAGGGAAGCAUUCAGUCUUUGACAUCCAUCGGUACCCCCGCUGCCUCAGAGGCUGCCGCAGGCGAAUUGCGACCUCUUUCAGGCCUUGCUUCGUCGGCGGUGGAUGGGGCAGCUACUCUGGCUAGCACAACCAGUGAGCUUAUCCCUCUUGUCCCACAGAUUUCAACGGCUGCCGAAAUCUCAGAGGUGUCUCCCGUUCAGUCCACUGAAGUGACUUCAGCUGCUAUAUCAACCGCUGAGUUGUCGAGCCUUGAAGCCUCAAGCACUGCCGUUGCCGAGGACCCAGCUUCCACAAGCUCUGUUGCACUGGAGACAACGACCGAGGACUCAGCUCUCCCAAGCUCUGUUGCACUCGAGACAACAACGACUGAGGCAUCUGUGACCGAGACAGCCGGGAGCGAAACAGCUGGUGCGGACGCGACAUCGACCACAGCCAGCAAUGGAUUCCUCACCUCAGUUGUUACCGAGUCUUCAGCCAGUGCUAGUUCCGCCACCGUAGAGACCUCCAGAGCUGCGAUAACCUCCCGCCCACCCGGCUUCUUCCCCAUCACAAACAGCACUACUCCAGGAGCCAGCGUGGCCGGCGGAGGGCAGCCACACGGAACUGGUGCCGCCCAUCAAUCGCUAGUCACCGGAAUUUCGAAAAGUCCUUCUGGUUCUGGCGGUGUUCAUUUCGGCAAUUCGACACAGACUUCUGGGGUAUCAACUGCAGCUCCCGCCAGCAGAGGCGGUUCAGGUAGCCUCACUACUUUGACCACCGUCUCGGAUGGCAUGACUCAGACGCUGGUGACAGCUAUAACAUCACAAACGUCAGGAGUUGCUCAGAAUGCGUCGACUACCGCGACUACUCGAUCAAACUCAGGAGCCGGGCGGCCUAUGGAUUUGAUGGGCGGUGCUGCUUUGAUCGCUGGUGCGUGGGGCGUGCUGGGGAUGCUGUUGCUUUGAGCGGGCGAUCAGCGUGAGCUCAGGUAGCGUUAUGGUUUAGUAGCAAAUGUAAAAGAAACAUUGUC